AUGGCCUGGGGGGUCCACACCUGCUGCUUCCACCUGUGCUGCUGCUGCUCCUGGCCUCAGGGUGCUGUGCCUGAAGAACUUCACUAACAUCCAGGACAGACCCUCCUCCUGCAAUGCCAGUACUCACUCAAGAGAGGACCCUAUCAGCCCAAAUCUUGGUGUCAGCAGACAUCUCCAAGUCGGUGUACCUUACUUGUCACCAGCUCCAAGCCCCAGACAGCAGUUCAGAAGUCUCAUUACAUAAUCUGGGACAAGCCAAAUGCUGGCUUCUUCAACAUCACCAUGAUUCAGCUGACACAGAACGACUCGGGAUUCUACUGGUGUGGAAUCUACAGCGCUUCCGAAAACAUCAUCACUGUUCUUAGAAAUAUCAGCCUGGUGGUGUCUCCAGCCCCAACCACGUCUCCUAUGUGGACCCUCCCCUGGCUCCCAACAAGCACAGUUCUGAUCACUUCUCCAGAGGGGACCUCUGGCCAUCCCUCCAUCAAUGGCUCUGAGACCAGGAAAUCAAGAGCCCCUGCCUGCCUCGGCUCAGGUGGCCCCAGAUUCCUGGUCUUGGUGCUAUGUGGACUCCUCCUGGCCAAGGGCCUGAUGUUGUGA